UCCAUCAGUGCUCGGAGAUUGACAAGAAAGAGUUCUCAGUAGAAUGUAAAAUUUAUUAAAUCAAAACCUUUGUGCAUCAAGUGCAAAUGUUUUAAUGUGUAAAAGAGAUAAAAAAAAUAUUUACUCUGAAAGAGCUAUGAAAAAAAUUUCCCUCAUGGCAUUGACUCUCUAGUCCCAAACUAUGUGAUCCCUCUUCAAGAUACAUGCUUCGUUUAUAGACAUGGUUUCAGAAAACAUGUGAAAUGAACCUUAUAUUGUUGAAUAUCCGUCUCCUUUUUUAUCCUAUUUUUUUUUGUCUGUUUCUAAAUCAGAAUUAUAACGAGCUCAAUAAAACGAGAACUAUAGACUUCAAAAUCAAGAAUUUUUUGGGAACCAUGUUUUACUGAUUUGACUGUUUCACGGCGUCUAAUAUCCAUGUUAAUGAUUUCACUGUUUUACGGGUAGGACUACUGAAUAUUAAAUCUCAUUCACUCCCCUGGCUUUUGCAUGUUGGAUUGACGUUUUUCACCCAAAUUGAAAAACAAGUUGAAUAUGUGGUCAUACAAAACUUGAUCUUUGUACUUGUGUUGUAUGUAAUCAGUUUUAAAAACUUUUUAAGUACGGUAAAUUAAUUUAAAAUUAUCACUAAUAACAUUUUAAAAUAAUCAAAAUAUUUUAGUUCAGUAUUUUAUACGAAUUGGAGAAUGUACAUCACUUUUGAAAGCAUAAUAAUCUUGUACUUUAUAGAAAAAAAAUCAGAUAUAUCUACUACGUAAGACGUAUAUGCUGGCCAGCCAUAUAGAUUUGACUUCUGAGACACAUCAUAAAUUAUCAAUUACUUGACAGGAUAAAAUUGUUUAUUAUAAGUUAAAUAACUCAAUAAAUCUAAUAUUUUUAAAAAAAUUAGUAGAGUAAGUAAACGUCAAAUUAAUGCCCAUGCUGUCGUGCAUUUGUAGACCUAUACUAAUGUUUAAAAUAACAUUCAACAAAUUCAAAAUAAAUCUCAAAUUGUUUCUGAACACCAAAUUAAAUAUUAAUGCAAAGAGUUUACUUCUCAUUAAACCAUCACAGUCCCCACAUGCACCCUUUAAUACCAAUCCCAAGCAGACACUCUCUCUCAAAUCUAUUUUAUCUUUACAGUCAGAGAGAGACAGAGUCACAAAAGAGACAACAAUGGCGGUGAAAAGCAAGAAGAAGAAGAUGGUCCUUAAGGCAGUCUCUGUUGUUGACAUCGGUUGCAGCAACUGUAAGUUCCCAACCUUGACUUCUUUUUUCAACCGUUCCUCCAAAAAGCCCCGCCUCUACUCCUCUACUUACGGCCACGGCCACUCCUCCUCCACCACUACCACCGUCUCUUCCUCCUCCAACAUUCCCUCCACAACUCACUGGUUCUCCGACAACGUCUCUUCCUCCUCCGCCGCCACACCCUCCGCCGCUGUAGCCGUCGAGAAAGACUCCGAUGACCCGUACCUCGAUUUCCGCCAGUCUAUGCUACAGAUGAUUCUCGAGAACGAGAUUUACUCCAAAGACGAUCUCAGGGAGCUUCUCAACUGCUUCCUCUCACUCAACGAGCCUUACCACCACAGCAUCAUCAUCCGCGCCUUCUCCGAAAUAUGGGAAGGAGUUUUCUCUGCCGCCGUCAAACGCCGUGGCAGCGUCCAAGAGUCUCCGCUCGUCCGUCAUCAUGGACCGUCACGGGCCUCACGUGAUUACCAUAAUCACCAUUACUACUGAUCGAUGUAAUGUAUAAUAACUCUUUUAAGUUUAAACUAAGUAUCAUGCCAUGUCACCAAUAAUGUAUUGACACGUUGACUAUCUAUUGCACCUACUACCGAUGUGUCAAUAUAUUAUUGGGUUUGGGCUUUUAACUUCUUAUCUUAGCUUUGGGAUUCUCUUGUUUGUCUUUGAACCAAGGGUAACGAAAACAAUGGUAGAAUGUUAUGUAAAAUGACCUUUCGUUUUAUGAACUACUGUUAAAAAUAGACAUGCUUCUGAAAUUA